UGACAGUAGUUGCCACUUGCCAAUAUAUAUUAUUGUAGUGUUUAUUUUUCUUCUAUUGUAAAUACGAGUUUAUUAUUUUCAAUAAAAUGUUAGAAGAGGUUAAACACGUUAUAUUAGUCCUGUCUGGAAAAGGUGGAGUAGGAAAGUCAACAGUGAGCACACAAUUAGCUUUAACUCUUAAAGAAAAAGGGUUUAAGGUUGGGCUACUUGAUAUUGAUUUAUGUGGGCCGAGUGUUCCAUAUCUGCUGAAUUUAGAAGAUCAAAACAUUCAUCAAGGCUCAGGGCAUUGGAUUCCGGUGUAUUUAGACAAAGAGAAAAAGUUAGCUGUUAUGUCUAUUGGUUUUCUUCUGAAGUCUCGUAAUGAUGCGGUAGUGUGGAGAGGACCUAAGAAAACAUCUAUGAUUAAACAGUUUUUGGAAGAUGUUUAUUGGCAAGAUUUGGAUUAUCUCAUAAUCGAUACUCCUCCAGGAACAUCCGAUGAACACAUCACAGUGAUGGAAAAUCUUCGUAAUGUGCCUCAAUGCUCAGCAAUAAUUGUGACAACUCCGCAACAAGUCGCUAUUGAGGAUGUCCGUAAGGAAAUAACAUUCUGUCGGAAAACUGGUAUACCAAUCAUGGGCCUUAUUGAAAAUAUGAGUGGAUAUGAAUGUCCAACAUGCAGUGAAUGUACAAAUAUAUUUUCAACGGGAGGAGGGAAAUCCCUAGCAGAGAUAUCAAAGAUAAAAUUCCUGGGAAGUAUACCCAUAGACCCAAGAAUCGGGGCAUUGGCUGGCAAAGGUGUUGCCGCUGUGAAGGAGUUACCGGAUUGUACUACAAGCAAAGUUUUUAAUGAUUUAAUAAAUCAUUUACCUCAUACAACUGCAAAUGGUUCAUAAGGUGAAAUAAUUUCAACUGAUACAACAUGAACUGAGUGCAAUCUAUUAGUU